CCUCUUAAUAUAUUUUUUUUGUUCAAAUUAUAUUUCAACAAGUUUGAAUUUUAAAUGGCUUCUUCAGGUGGAAAUAUGAACACUUUUAUGAAUUCAUUUAACUCAUUUUCUUCUUCUCAAUUCAUGACUUCUUCGUUUAGCGAUCUUCUUUCGGAUAAUAAUAAUAAUAAUAAUAGUAAUAAUGAUAAUAAGAAUUGGGGAUUUAGCGAGGAUAGAAGUAAGUCAUUUCCAAUGAUGAACUCAUCAACAUCACCUGCUUCGCCUUCCUCUUAUCUUGCUUUUCCGCAUUCAUUAAGUCCAUCUAUGCUUUUGGACUCGCCCGUUUUGUUCAACAAUUCUAAUACUCUUUCAUCGCCAACUACAGGGAGUUUUGGUAAUUUGAAUUCUAAAGAGGGCAAUUCUGAAUUUUCUUUUCAAAGUAGGCCUGCUACUUCUUCCUCAAUCUUCCAAUCUUCUGCUCCAAGAAACUCAUUGGAAGACUUAAUGACAAGGCAACAACAGACCACUGAAUUCUCAACAGCAAAAACUGGAGUGAAAUCAGAAGUGGCUCCAAUUCAAAGCUUUUCACAAGAGAACAUGUCGAAUAAUCCUGCUCCGGUGCAUUACUGUCAACCAUCGCAAUAUGUUAGAGAACAGAAGGCGGAAGAUGGAUAUAAUUGGAGGAAAUAUGGACAAAAGCAAGUGAAAGGAAGUGAGAAUCCGCGAAGUUAUUACAAGUGUACAUUUCCAAAUUGUCCUACAAAGAAGAAGGUUGAAAGGAACUUGGAUGGACACAUUACUGAGAUAGUUUAUAAAGGGAGUCAUAAUCAUCCCAAACCUCAAUCCACUAGAAGAUCAUCUUCACAAUCGAUUCAAAACCUUGCUUACUCCAACUUGGAUGUAACAAAUCAGCCAAACGCGUUUCUUGAAAAUGGUCAAAGAGACUCCUUUGCUGUUACAGACAAUUCUUCAGCUUCUUUUGGAGAUGACGAUGUUGAUCAAGGCUCUCCUAUCAGUAAAUCAGGAGAAAAUGAUGAAAAUGAACCCGAGGCAAAGAGAUGGAAGGGUGACAAUGAAAACGAGGUUAUAUCAUCUGCAAGUAGAACAGUACGUGAACCUAGAAUCGUAGUUCAAACCACAAGUGACAUUGAUAUACUUGAUGAUGGUUAUAGAUGGAGAAAAUAUGGUCAAAAAGUUGUCAAAGGAAAUCCGAACCCAAGGAGUUACUACAAGUGCACAUUUACUGGAUGUCCGGUUAGGAAGCAUGUGGAACGAGCAUCUCAUGAUCUAAGAGCCGUUAUCACAACUUAUGAAGGAAAACACAACCAUGAUGUUCCUGCAGCACGUGGUAGUGGUAGCUACGCAAUGAAUAAACCUCCAUCUGGAAGCAACAACAACAAUAGCAUGCCAGUAGUUCCAAGGCCUACAGUGUUGGCUAACCAUUCUAAUCAGGGAAUGAACUUUAACGACACAUUUUUCAACACAACACAGAUCCAACCACCAAUCACCCUCCAGAUGCUACAGAGCUCUGGAACUUCAAGUUAUUCAGGAUUUGGUAACUCAUCGGGAUCCUACAUGAAUCAAAUGCAGCACACGAACAAUUCCAAGCCGAUAAGCAAAGAAGAACCCAAAGAUGAUUUAUUCUUCAGCUCUUUCCUUAACUGAAACUCCUCCAUACCAAAAUACAAAAGAUAGAGAUUUCUUUCUCAAGUCACUGUAUUCGUUGUAACUUAUGAUAGUUUUUUUUUUCCCUUCUAGAAUACAAAGUUAGGUUUUACGAUUCAAAAUAAGAGUUAGUCCAUUAUUUUAUUUGUCUCGAGCCGAGCUCUGGAUUUCUUAGCAUCUGUAACUUCUCAUUAAGAUUUUUUUUUUUAGUAUUCA